UCCGCCGCAACUACAAUAGUUCACGUCAACUUUUUUCCACUUCAGGUCAGAAUUCAGAAGUAUUAAUUAAAAAAAAAAGUCACACAUCGAUUCGGACCAAACAAAUCUUAGAGGAAUGAAACAAUCUUUAAGGAUUUGGAGAGCUGAGUUUAAUUAAUUUCAGGCCUUGUUGCUACCAAUUGUUUUCCACUCAACCUCGGCGCUUGUAAAAGCUUGAUAAUUAAAAUCGUCGCAUCAGAUCAGAUAGUAUAAUGUUUGUUUGCAUGUACCAUGGAGACGGAAGAUCAUACACUGGACAGUAUAUGAACCACACCUUGGCUGAUCAUCUUCAUUAGAGCUGGACAUGCAUGCAGAGUGCAAUCUGGAACAUCUUUCGAGCUUUUAAACACUGAAAAACCACAGUGAAACCACAGCCGAAGCGCCUUCGGAAAGACCUAGAUCGUUCUCUUCAUAUCGCGAAAUAUCAAGAAGUUCCUCCACACAACAAUGGCUUGGUUCCAGCAUCUCUCGACAAUGGCAGUGUUCCUACCGGUGAUGAUAAGCUUGCUCGGGCUUGUCCUGGCCCAGACAGACGUCACCACGAUGUCAGGAACUGAAGGCACAUCUACAGGGACUUUAUUCAGUACAUUAGCAACCACAGCUGUGCAGACUACGGGUGUGAUCACCAGCACCUCGCAAACCACAGCGGCACCAUCGACCAUAGCCACCACACAGACCACAGGUGCCCCAGAGACUACAGAUGCCCCAACUAACACAGGUGCCUCACAGACCACAGAAGCCUCACAAUCCACAUUAGAAACCACAGCUGUAGAGACCACGGGUGUGAUCACCAGCACCUCGCAAACCACAGCAGCACCAUGGACCAUAGCCACCACACAGACCACAAGUGCCCCACAGACUACAGAUGCCCCAACUAACACAGGUGCCUCACAGACCACAGAAGCCUCACAAUCCACAUUAGAAACCACAGCUGUAGAGACCACGGGUGUGAUCACCAGCACCUCGCAAACCACAGCGGCACCAUCGACCAUAGCCACCACACAGACCACAGGUGCCCCACAGACUACAGAUGCCCCAACUAACACUGGUGCCUCACAGACCACAGUUGCCUCACAGACCACAGUUGCCACACAGACCGCAGGUGCCACACAAGCCUCACAGACCACAAGUGCCACACAAUCCACACAAGCCUUACAGACCACCAGUGCAUCACAGACUACAGGUGCCUCAACUAACACUGGUGCCUCACAGACCACAGGUGCCACACAGACAGCAGGUGCCACACAAGCCUCACAGACCACAAGUGCCACACAAUCCACACAAGCCUUACAGACCACCAGUGCAUCACAGACUACAGGUGCCUCAACUAACACAGGUGCCUCACAAACCACAGGUGCUUCACAGAAUACCUCCUCGCUGACCACAGACAACCCACUGACUACAGAAAACCUACUGAACACCACUGAUCCAUCACAAACCACGAGUGCACCAGGUGACACAGGUCUCUCGACCGGAGCCCUUAUUGGUAUCAUCAUUGGAAGCGUGCUGGGUGGUUGCCUUAUCUUAGCAAUCACCUUCACUUUGCUUUACUCCUGCUGUUGCAGGAAAAAGCAGCAGGUAGGAGACAUUGAAAUGGAAACAAGAAAUACAGAUACAUCUUCCAAGACAGAAAAGGAAAACAAUGAUAAAGUGGAUUUGAUUGAGGUAAAUUGAACCCGAUAAGACAGGAUAGUUAGUCUUAAAACUCUGAACGGAGACUGAAAUGUUGUAAAAAGGUCAAAACUGGAUUGGUACCCAUAAGAAUGGAACUUUAUGUACAUUGCUGGCACAGAUAUAAUUUGAUCCCUUGCAAGUAUUUUCCCUAGAGUGGCACUGGAUGACGCAAUUAAAUUAAGCCACAACAGUGGUGCAUCUGAAUUCCCUCGAUAACAAUUAUACUGUAGGUCGUAGUUAGUCUAUUAGGGAAACCUUGAUACACUUAAUGUAUUUUGUAAGACCAGUUAUUUAAAUUAAUAAAUGUCGCAUGUAGUACAUGCAAAAAAAAAAUGUUUUAUUAAGAACUUUGAAAACUCUUCACUAGGGAACAUUUUGUAAUCGAUUUUUAGCAUAUUACAAAAUAAUAAAUAGAUAAAGGAAAACUGUCAAAACAAGAAGAUUUUGUACUUUUGCAUUUGAUCAAUUGUAUUUGGCAACAGUUUAACAAUUGUGUACAUAUGAAGAUACCUGAAGUAAAGUAGCUGUGGAUUAACUUUCCUUAUGAUUUGCAAUUUUGUAUAAUAUAUUAUUGAAAAAAAAAUGCACAUAAACAUGACUGCUUCGGCAUUCUUUAAUCAAUGAAAAACUGUUUAAAUUUGCUUAAAUUGUUAGUACAUUUUAAUUCAGUACAUUCUGCACAUAGCACAUUCUCAAUUUGAAGUUUAGUUUGCAUUUGUAUGUAUUUUCGAACUCAGAUAAAAGUGAAAUUGCAGAAAUAAAAUAGAAAUAAUAGAAAGAAAACAA